GAGUACGGAAGAAUAGCGUUUCGACGAGAAGAAAUCAAGAAAAAACCCCUUCCUCUGAUCUCUAUUCAAUUCUCAUCUUUCAGAUGUUCCAUCUACUUUCUUUCUCCACUGCGCCUUAUCUUUUGCAGUCAGUCAUGCCCGGUGAAACAUCUCUUCUCAAAACCGCUUUUCUAAACCCCCAAAUAUCCAUCUUCAGAACCCACUCUCUCCAAUUUUCACGUCGCCGGAAAAGAGCUCUUCUUCCGGGUGCCUUGUUUUCUGGAUGGAACACCGUUUUCCAUGGGGGGCCUGCCACAAAAGUUUCGGCUGUUUUGGAAACCAAAGAGAAUACUGUAAUGGAGGGCCAAAGUACUCCUGUGAGAAUAGUGGGCAUCGUCGGAGAAGGAAGCGUCAGCCCACUAAAAUGUACACCUUGGGAAGAGGUCAUGCUUCACACUGUCGAUAGACUAAAAUGGAUUGAUGAAGGAUUUCAGAUGCUUGUAUUUUCUGACAACAUUCUAACCCAAUCUGAUGACCCAAGGGUGGAAGCACUCAAAAAGGAGUUAAGCCAUGCAGAUAUCUUGGUGGUUGUUGCUGUUAAUAAUCAAGAAUCAGUCAAGUGGAUCCAAACAAGCGGUGAAAGUGUCCGAAACAUCAUCUGCUUUGACUCAUCCCCUACUCUAAUUAACAAACUCGGAGGAUCAUACAUUCAUACUCAAGUAAAAGGAAAUAUAUUCACCAAAAUCACUGGAAUUAUUCAGGGUAAUAACACAAAUGAAUCAGUUGAAGUGGUUCAAACAGUGUCUGAGGCAUGGGAUCGUUACAAUUCUGAUGAUAUAAGGUUCUGCUUAUUAGUCAUAAUCAAUGCUUAUAUAAGGCCGGUUCCAAUCUUAAAGAACCUAAGGUCAAAGGGUCUCUCAACACUUAAUUGCAUGAUAAAGAACUGUGGUCCACAGAUAUUGAAUUGCCUCUUGGAUCCCAACUGUAGGAAGGCCCUCCAAUGCUUAAACCGCUGUAGUCCAGUGGAUCAGGUCUGUAAUUAUCAAUGCAUUGCCUCGUAUGAGAGUCCACAGCUAGAAGCAUUUUCUCUCUGUGUAUUGCAGAAGCAUAACUGUCUAGAAUUGGAUGCAAGGAUCCCUGACAAGCCUUAUGUGCCUCCAAUGGUUCAGUUUCGAGGAGAGGACUUGUGUCAUGAAGUUGCUGAGGAUCUCUUUGUGGGUUGGUUGGGUAGUUUGGAUUGGAGUUGGCGAGUUGUUGCAGGGCAAAAUCCAGCUUAUGAUCAGUUCCCCUGCCAGUACCAGCUAUUCUAUAGAGGGAAGGCUAGAGGGUCCUUCUGGUAUGAACCUGUUUUUCAAGUGAGAACCUUAGAGGGUAAGAUAGUUUGGAGGCGGCGCCGAUAUCGAGUUAGGAGAGGCAAGAUUCCUGGGACCUUUUACUUCAGUGUCUUAGAUAAUGGUGUUGUUUCAAAUGAGUAUUGGACAAUUGUGGAUGUCGCUGAAGAUCUUAGUUGGGGUUUAUUUCACUACAGUGGGGCUGCUCAGGUUGCUGGACUGGCUUAUACUGGGGCAGUGCUUGUUAGCCCAAACGGACAGUAUCCAAAUGAGAUGCAGAGACCACAAUUAAUUUCUGCUUUGAAGAAGAGUGGAAUCAAGGAGUGGGAGCUUUACACAGUUGAUAAUCGUUCUUGUCCUGACCCACCUCUGGGACUUCCUGAGGGAUCAGGUUUGCAUUGUAAACUUGAAGUUAAAAAUAAGAAGUGAUUGUCUUCAUAGAUACAACAAAUCACUCAUCUAUGCAUCUCAAAGUUCAUACCACAUCUUAAAUUCCAUAGCACACCUACAAAUACAUGGACAGAUUAAAAAGCUGGAGCAAUGCUUGAAACAUGAAUGAAUAUGAUAAAUAAAAGGUUGGUUUCCACAGGGAAUCUUCAGACAAACUCAGAGAAAAAAAAAAGUGAAGUGAAUCGUUGUUGCAAGAGCAUUUUGAAGCGUACCAUUCACACAGCCAUUCAUCUUUUAACAAUGUGCAUGUAAGAUGUUACUUGAAAAAUCAAUUUCUGCCAUAAUAGAUGUAUGGUGUGCAUGUAAUUUGGAUGAUUGAAGAAAUUUAUGCUGCCAUAAUAUGUUGAGGGGAAAUUGUAAGAGGAUGAUAGAAGCAACACAAGUUAGACUAACAAAAGGCAUGGUGCUUACUUUGCUUUAAGAGAUAGCUAAGAAAGAUAUAUCUGCUCCUUUACAUGCGUAUGAAUUUGGGAGGCUGGUUUGUUUUUUA